AUGUCGAAGAGACAAGCUGAGCUGCCUCUCGAGCAGGAUUUCUCCGGUUCCCCAGCCUCAAAGAAGGCGCGCGUUGAGGACGACGUCGACGACGCCCGCAAUGGCGCAGUGUCCGCGCAUCGAGCACCGGGCCAGGAAUUGGAGCAGGACGAUCGCAACGGCGCAAACACUCUGGCCGCAGCAGACAUCGAAGGCGAGGAAGUGAAGGAAGGCGAGUCCGAUGACGCGUCAGAUAUUGACGACGAUGCCCCUACGGUCAGCGCUCCGAAGCGGCAAAGCGCGCCCAUGGAAGGCUACGGCGACCUCUACCUCGACACCAUCAACCGCGGAGUGCUGGAUUUCGAUUUCGAGAAGCUGUGCUCGGUCAGCCUAUCUAAUAUUAACGUCUACGCAUGUCUCGUGUGUGGCAAAUACUUUCAAGGUCGCGGGCCCAAAUCGCAUGCCUACUUUCACGCGCUCGAAAUCGGGCAUCAUGUCUUCGUCAACAUGGGCACGAAGAAGGUUUAUGUCCUGCCGGAGGGCUAUGAGGUCAAGAACAAGAGUUUGGACGACAUCAAAUAUGUGGUGGAUCCGCACUUCUCUAAGGAGGAGGUCGUGAAGCUCGACAAAGAGGUCCACGAUGCCUGGGAUCUGUCUGGAGCCCGUUACCGACCUGGGUUUGUUGGCAUGAACAACAUCAAAGCCAACGACUAUUUGAAUGUUGUCGUCCAGCUUCUGGCACAUGUCCCGCCCAUCCGGAACUACUUCCUCCUGAACGAUUUCUCGACACCUGGCACUCCCCAAUUGCCAAUUCGAUUUAGCACCCUGGUUCGCAAGCUGUGGAAUCCCAAGGCAUUCCGGUCCCAUGUAUCUCCGCACGAGUUGCUGCAGGAGGUUGCGCUGCGAUCUUCGAAACGAUUCAACCUCACCCAACAAUCUGACCCGGUGGAAUUCAUGUCCUGGUUCCUGAACAACUUGCAUCUUACCCUGGGCGGUUCUAAAAAGCCCUCUUCAACGCCCACAAGUGUGAUCCAGGCAGCCUUCCAGGGUCAACUCCGGAUUGAAAGCCAAGCGAUUACUGCUCACUCCGAUACACAAAAUGCCCGCCUGGUGUUCACGGAAUCCGGCGCAAUCAACAGCCAGACCACCCCGUUCCUCAUCCUGACGUUGGACCUUCCCCCAACACCGCUUUUCCAGUCAACAAACCGGGAAUCCAUCAUCCCACAGGUCCCGUUGACCUCGCUCCUCAACAAAUACAACGGCCUCACCGCAUCCGAAAAGCUCGCCCACCGCGUGCGACACCGUCUUCUCCACCCCCUCCCACCAUAUCUCCUCUUCCACAUCAAGCGCUUCAGCAAAAACCGCUUUGUGUCCGAACGCAACCCCACCAUCGUCACUUUCCCUUCGCCUCGCUCCCUCGACAUGUCUCCAUACGUCGAACCAAACCCAUCAAUCUGGCCACCCGGGGAACCAAUCAUGUACGACCUCGUCGCAAACAUUAUCCUCGACCCCGCCGUCGCAGCACCAGGUGCCACCGAGGACGCAGCUGGCAAGGGCGUCAACGCAGCCUCCGGCUCCGCCGGUGCGCCCUCUUCUGGUGCCGGUGCCGGCAGCGAGAAAGUCUCGUGGCUCGUCCAGCUCCAUGAUAAGGCCAUGGGUGCGGAAACAGCGCGUGGCGGUGCGGAGCAGCAGCAGCGUGGAGCUGAGUGGCUCGAGAUUCAGGAUCUGUUUGUUAAGCGCGCGGAGAGUGAGACUCUGUUCACUCGCGAGGGCUACUUGAUGGUUUGGGAACGUCGCAAGGUUCCGGGGAAGAAAGGGAAGGGCCGGGCUGGUGCGAAAUGA